AUGGCGGGGAAAGUUAACGUUGCCCUCAAUAAACCAGCAUACCAACAGUACCAAUCAUAUGACGACACAUUGGACGCCAGUAACGCUGUGGACGGACGUAAAUCUGACCUGAGCUGGGACAGUGGUCAAUGUGCUGCAUCAUAUAGCAGACAAACCGCCACCUGGUGGGUGAACCUGACUAGGAUCCACAGUAUCCAUCACAUCACUAUUUACUUCAUGACGAACAAUGACGAUUACAGGUAUCGGGCGAUCCUAGCAAAGUAUUUACUUGGAUUCUCUGUGUAUGUCUCCAAUACCACGGAUAGAUUACAGGGAACGUUGUGUUUCAAGGACGACAACUUCACAAGAAACACAAUACCUUCUGUCUUCACAACAAACUGUUCUGUCCAUGGACAAUAUGUCAUAUACUACAACGAGAGACUACUAGGAGCUAUCUACCCUGACGGUUAUUAUAGUCGUGUAAGGAUUAACCUCUGUGAAGUAGAGGUGUAUGGAUGUCCGGAAACAGGGUUUUACGGAUCUACCUGUUCCAUUCCUUGUCCUGAUGUCAACUGUCAGUACUGUCACAUAGAGACGGGUACCUGCCAGGGAUGUAAACCUGGGUACCAAGGUCAUCACUGUGAAUCAGAAUGUGACAAAGGAUCCUUUGGUAUUGGAUGUAAAGAAUCAUGUGGACACUGUCUAGAUGUAAAUCAAUGUUCAAUAACCAAUGGCACGUGCUUAACGGGUUGUGUUGCUGGUUAUAAAGGGGAUUUGUGUAAAUCUCUGUGUUCUGAAGGCUUUUAUGGUGUUGCAUGCAAUGAAACGUGUGGGAAUUGUCGUGACGUAAAGACAUGUAACCAUGUAUAUGGAACUUGCUUAACUGGAUGUGAUGCUGGAUAUUGGGGGAGUUUGUGUAAAACACCUUGCUCACAUGGAUUUUUUGGGUACGAUUGUUCUGAGAGAUGCCUUGACACAUGCGCCGGAUGUAAUCAUGUCACUGGUUUAUGUGACUCCGAAUGUAAGCCUGGCUGGGAAGGUUACUUCUGUCAUAAAGGAAGUUGA